GUCCAGUAUGAACAAGCCUAUCGUGCUUCCCUAUAGAAAAAAGUUCAAUGCAACAGACAGGAUCCUUCGGUUCGCUGUUAUCAAUUUUCCUCCGUACGUCAAACGCGAGCGACAGGGUAAUUAUGUUCGGCUCGUUGGGGCUCAGGCAGAGUUCCUUGGCUGCAUAGAAUCGUUAUCGAAGUACAGAAUAUCAAUUGUUUCUGACAAGGACAUGAGCCACGGACGUAAGCUACCGAACGGAACCUUCACCGGUAUCAUGGGCAUGUUUCAAAGAAAUGAGAUUGAUGGAUUUCUCGGGCCAUCAACGAUAACGGCAGAGCGUUUUUCCACAGUUGGACAGGGGACAUGUGAUAUCGUCGAUUUCCGGUUGUUGACGUUUGCUCCAUCAAAGGUAAUCGACCCUUUCAAUUUUGCAAAAGCCUUCCAGUUAGACGUUUGGCUUUCACUGGCGGUACCUCAGUUCACGGAAUCAAGAACCGGCCACAUCUUACUUCAGCUUCAUGUGGGAAAUAUUUUCCCGUAUAUUCCCUCAAGGUAG